UUCUGAGAAAAUUGGUGACUCUUAUAUGGUGUUGCAAGGAAACAAUGAUUCUACUGACGUUAAUAAUGAUUCAAAAGUAGAUGAGUUAAAUGCUGCUAUGAUGGAAUCAUUUUAUAUUAUACCGAAAGAACAAAGAUUGACCGGUGCAUCUGGCGCUUAUUCUCACCCAUCGUCAACGUUGUCACCUGGAACUCAUUUCUCAUCCGGAAG